AAGUCUACGGUGUUAAUAAAAGAACUGUCGGAAAAUUAACAAGAACAGAGACAAAAAAAAAUAUGAUAAGCCUUGGAUUUCAACCAAGCACCGCCGGUGUUCUAUCGGCAUCGGUCAACCGCGCCGGAUUUAUCAAACGGAGCGGUUUGACUAAACCGAGAAGAACCGCCCGGUUCGGGACGAUGGCUAUGGCGGCUUCUCCUCUCGAAAUCUGCGUCAAAGCUUCCAUCACCACACCCAACAAGCUCGGAGACUGCCCUUUUUGCCAAAGGGUGUUGCUGACUAUGGAGGAGAAGCAUGUACCUUAUGACAUGAAAAUGGUGGAUUUGAGUAACAAGCCUGAGUGGUUCUUGAAAAUUAAUGCAGAAGGUAAAGUCCCGGUGGUGAAGUUUGAUGAGAAAUGGGUUCCGGAUUCUGAUGUCAUAACACAGACUUUGGAAGACAAGUACCCUGAGCCUCCUCUAGCAACCCCACCCGAAAAGGCUUCAGUUGGGUCGAAGAUCUUCUCCACGUUUAUCGGUUUUCUCAAGAGCAAAGAUCCAAAAGAUGGAACUGAGCAAGUUUUACUGGAUGAGCUUAGUACAUUCAACGACUAUCUCAAAGAAAAUGGAACUUACAUAAACGGAGAGAAGAUAUCAGCAGCGGAUUUGUCCUUGGCACCAAAGUUAUACCACAUGAAGAUUGCACUUGGACAUUUCAAGAACUGGUCUGUUCCAGAUUCACUUCCUUUCCUUAAAUCCUACAUGGAGAAUGUGUUCUCGAGGGAGUCAUUCAAGAAUACAGAGGCGCAAACAGAGGAUGUGAUUGCUGGUUGGAGACCAAAGGUGAUGGGUUAAGAGAGCAAAAGGUUUUAGAUGUUGGACCUCAUCACUCAAGUCAAGGGACCGAUCAUCUUCUCUCUUACUUUCUUCUAGUACAAUGUAAAAACAUAAUAAUAAUAAUCAAAUCUUCUUCAAAUGUUGUUAACAAUAAGUAUGUGGCGCGCCAGAGCAAUAAACACAGACUAUACAGUGAAUGAAAACUA